CCUCCCGAUUGUCCCCUAUAUUUUCGAACGGGAGAGAGAGAGAGUCGUUUCCUCCCCAAUCUCUCCUCUCUCUUCCUCCUGUUGCUCUCCGCAUGGAAUUCCGUCGCCGGGCGCUCUCCAAGCCCCACCGGUCGCUAACACCGGCGGGGGCGUUCCCGGCGAAAUCCGGCUCUUCCACUAGAGUCCAGGCUUCUGACGCGCUGCCCCUCCCCAUCCGGCACACUAACAAGCUCUUCUCCGUCCUCUUCAUGGCCUCCAUGUACUACCUAAUGUGCCGGUGGCGCGAGAAGAUCCGCACUGGCGCCCCUCUUCACACUCUCACCCUCUCCGAUAUCCCAGCCAUUGUGGGCUUUAUCGCAUCGCUCGUCUACCUCAUUAGCUUCUUCGGCAUCGCUUAUGUCCAGUCCUUUGUUUCCUCCCACUAUGACGAGGACGACUUCCUCCUUUCCAGCGAUCAACCUGCUCCCUGCCCCCUUACCUGCUCCAAGAAAUCCCCUCUCGCUGCCGAAUCGCUCUUCGGAGAUGACGAGGAAAUUGUUUCCGCGGUUGUCGCCGGCAAGGUCCCAUCCUAUGUUCUUGAGGCGAAGCUUGGGGAUUGCCGGCGGGCGGCGGGGAUCCGUCGCGAGGCGAUCAGUAGGUUAACGGGGCGUGGAAUGGAAGGGCUUCCCCUUGAUGGUUUCGAUUAUUCUUCGAUUUUAGGGCAGUGCUGCGAGAUGCCGGUUGGUUAUGUUCAAUUACCGGUAGGGAUUGCAGGGCCGUUGUUGCUCAACGGCAAGGAGUAUUUUGUGCCCAUGGCGACCACGGAGGGCUGCCUUGUGGCGAGCACGAACCGUGGCUGCAAGGCGAUUGCGUUGUCUGAUGGGGCGGUGUGCGUUGUUCUCAAGGAUGGGAUGACGAGGGCUCCGGUCGUGAGGUUCGCUACGGCUAAGAGGGCAGCGGAGCUUAAGUUCUUUCUAGAGGAUCCCCGAAAUUUCGAGACGCUGGAGAUUGUAUUCAAUAGGUAUAUUUGCCAUUCUUUCCUGUGAUUAUGAUGAACUGAA